AUAAGGUGGAGUGUAAAGGGGAUGAGACGUCUCUAUGGAACUGCUCUUCUCCAGGUUGGAGAAAACAUGACUGUCAACACACGCAUGAUGUAGGAGUCGUGUGCUCAGAGUUUAAAGAGAUCAGAUUAACUGAGGGCUGUGAAGGGAAUGUGGAGGUUUUCUACAAUGGAUCCUGGGGUAAUGUGUGCUGGAACCAGAUGUACGAAGACACAGCGAGUCUGAUCUGUCAAGAGCUGAACUGUGGAAGAUCUGGUGUUGUGUCUGAUUCUACAGCAAGAGUGGAAUCGGCUCCUAACUGGCUGGAUAAAGUAACAUGUCGACCACAUGACUCCACUAUAUGGCAGUGUCCAUCUUCACCAUGGGGACAGAAUGACUGUGACAGUAAAGAUGAAGUGGCCAAAAUGACUUGUUUAAAGGAGGAGAGAGAGGAGUCUCCUCGGAGUCAUCUGACGUGUUCAAGAUCUCCUCUCCAGAGACAGUGUUCAAAUCAUCUUCCUCUCAGACUGAGUGAAGGGGAGGGCCGGUGCUCUGGGAGGCUGGAGGUGUAUCAUAACUCUGUGUGGGGCUCAGUCUGUAAUGAUAAGUGGGACAUCAACGAUGCUCGGGUGGUCUGCAGGCAGCUGGGUUGUGGAGCACCACUUAAUGCUGAUUUAGUCUUUGGUGCUGGUGAAGGUGUUGUGUGGCUGAACAGAGUCGAGUGCAGAGGAACUGAGAUUCACUUGUGGGACUGUCUUUUCUCCCUGAACAACCACAGUAACUGCUACCAAAAAGCACACGCUGGACUCACCUGCGCAGAUAUAUCAUUGUUCACUACUCCUGCAACAAGAAAAUCAGCUUCUCCUCCAGCUUCUCCUUCAGUGCGCCCAAAACCAGUCACUCCUCCACAGACUCCUCCAGCAGCGUCUCUCUCCCUCCCCACAUUGCUUGUAAUUGUACUGGUAGUUUUGCUCUUACUGCUCUUAAUUUCACUGCUUGUACUGAUUCGGCAAAAUAGAGUGACAAGGAGAGGUAGGAGAGUUCAGUCAUUUUUUGUGAACUGACAGCAGGGUUGUCUGUCUACACCCACAGCUCUCUCUGACUGGUAUACAGGACUACACAGGACACCGACUCGAGAGUGAUGAGCGGGUUCAUAUUAGGUGCAUAUGUAGAGUUGGAAGAGAUAAAGAACUAACUUAGUUCCUGAAACAAAGGAAAAAGAUGACAUGAACGAUUGUGUCAGCACUUUGAGUCAAUGCAGUAUAUUGAAAACUUCUGAAUGUUCAACAGCUGCUAUAAAAAAGGCCAGCCACAUAAAACAAAGACUAGUUUAAACUGCACUGACUGAUGCCGACCAAUGCAACAGGCACACUUGUCAGGUUUUGUUGGAUCAUUGUGUCUCCCUGUCAGUGUCUGUUGCCAUUAGUCUUCAUUUGUUUCCAUUAACUAAAUAUGU